CAACAAGAAACUCAACAUCCUGAUACGUGUAUACAACCAGACUCUUCAGAAGGUUUCUACACAGUUUCUUGGUAUUCCAACCUGUAACAUCGGUACCAGUGCAAACAUCUUCAACUGCUUGAACUAGGUAUUCAUUGACAGAGACAUCCCUUGGGCCAACCGUAUUGGUUUCUCCUCAGACAACUGUAAUGUGAUGAUUGGUAAGAACAACAGUGUCCUGACCCGUAUUCAGCAGAUGUCACCAAACGUGUUCAACGUAGGUUGUGUGUGCCACUUAGCCAACAUCUGUGCACAGAAGGCCAUCAAGACCCUACCACUGCCAAUCGACGACUUCUUGGUUGACAUCUACUACCACUUUCAUCACAGUUCCAACAGAAGAGAGCAGUAUCAGCAGUUGCAAGAAUUCACAGACACGGACCCUAUGAAGAUCCUAAAGCACUGCAGUACCAGGUGGCUGUCAUUGGAGCGGUGUGUUCAGCGUACUCUACAACGGUGGCCAGCAUUGAAGAGUUACUUUCAGAGCCAUGCAGAAUGUGAGAAACCAGGCCGUAUCAACAGAUGUAUGGAGGUCCUAAUCAGCGACGAGAUGUGGUUGUACUUUGCCUUCCUUGAGUUUGUCCUACCCAUCCUCAACGACUUCAAUGUGAUGUUUCAGGCUGGUGAAUCCAUGGUUGGCUUUCUUCAUACAGAGAUGGUUCGACUGCUACACAAGCUGUUGGGUAAAUUCGUCACAACCAAGACCAUCACAGUGCAGCAAGACAUCACCAAGGUUGACUUCAGGUGUACAGAUAACCAGCAGGACGACUCCAGAAUUGCAGUUGGGUUGACUGCAAGGGGCUACCUCAGUGACAAUGAGGACCUGCCACCAGAGACAGUUAGGAAGUUCUUUAGUUCAGUCAGGGAGUUCUACUGCACCAUAGCUGAGACUAUGAUUAAGAAGUUCCCAUUCCAGGACAAGGUUCUCCAGGGUAUCGGGUUCCUGAAUCCCAACACCAAGGACAAGAUUUCUCCAGAAGAUGUUGUCAGCUUGUCUGAUAGGUUUUGCAGUCUGAGCCAGCAGGAGAAACAGCAACUAGAAGAUGAGACUUCAGACUACAUCCUUACUCCUCUGUCUGACCUGCCAACUUUUGAUGCUGACACAACCUUGAACCAGUUUUGGAACACCAUGGGGAACCUGAAGUUACCAAGUGGCCAGAAGCAGUUUCAGCUCCUUCACCAACUCAGCAAGAUUGUUCUGACACUACCUCACUCCAAUGCUGACACAGAAAGGACUUUUUCCAUGCUGAAGAAGAUCCAGACAGACUCCAGAGAGAGCCUUGCUGAUAAGACCAUCCACAGCUUACUCAGUGUAAAGAUCAACAACCCAGAAGAGUGCCACCAGUACAAACCAGAGCCAGAACUUGUCAGAGCAGCCAAGUCAGCAUGUGCCUUAUAUAAACAGUCUUGUUCAUAAACUUAUAAUGUGCUUUAUAUUCAAGUAAACAAUCUUAAGGUGUACACCAUUUUCAUAUUGUGCUUUGGACUCAGUGACAUUAGUGCUUUCAAUAUCUGGCAUGUGUAGUGACUAUUGUUAACUUAUGUGAUAAUUGUUAUAACUUGUUAUCUCUGUAAUAAAUAUAACAAGUUUUU